AUGCCCAUUUGGGGAAAUAAGCCAAAUAAUAUACCUGAUACGACAGUAAAUGAAAAUGCAAAUUUGAAAGACGACAAGGGGGAUGCAGAAAAUAGUGAAAAAACGUUCAUAGGGCAAAAUGCAAGGGGGGAUGUAAAUGGAGGUGUAGGUGUAGUUGGAAGUGGAGGUGGGGGUGGAGGUAAUGGUGUAAGUGGAGAUGAAAGUCGAGGUGGACAAGGAGAAAAUUCGGGAAGUCAAACAGAAGCUACGCAACAGCAGUCUGCCGUAAAUGUACCAGUUACAGAAGGUAGAAAUCAAACAAAUGCACAGACUGCAGCACCAAUUUCUGCAGAACCUCCAAACGGAGCACCUCAAGUUCAAGCCGCUGCUCAACACCAAGUUGGUACGAAUUCUCCCCAAAUCAUAUAUUUAGACAUCCUUUAUGAUGAUUUACUUACUGAUCCCAAUAAGAAGAAUAUCAUAGAUGAAAGUGAGUACCACAUUAAAUAUAACGACUUUAAAAAAAAGUAUGACGCAUUUCAGAUUAAUGAAAUUGAAUACGAAAUUAUUAAAAAGAUUAUAGAUUCUAUAUUAACAAAAGGCACGGAUGCUGCUAAAAAGAAUACCGUAAUAACAGGUAUAUUUAAGAAUAUAUUAAGUGAUGAAAAAUUCGAAGAAAAAUUUAAAAAUUUUAUAUACGGAGUUUAUAUAUUUGCUAAGAGACAUAGUUACCUGAACGCUAAGAAAAUAGAUAACGACAAUAAGUUUUUUGGUUAUGUGGGUGAUAUGAUGAAUACUCUAUAG